UAAAAACACCUCAUCAAUCUCAAGUCUCAACCCUUUCCUUUCCCAGCUAACAAAUCCUUGGUUGAACCUUGCUUUCCGUCCUCGCAGUCGCAGAAAUGGGCAGAAGGUUCUUCGUCGGUGGCAACUGGAAAUGCAAUGGGACAAGCGAGGAGGUUAAGAAGAUAGUCAGCACCUUGAACGAUGGCCAAGUCCCCUCGUCAGAUGUUGUGGAGGUUGUGAUAAGCCCUCCAUAUGUGUUUCUUCCUCUGGUUAAAAGUUCAUUGCGUCCUGAUUUUCAUGUCGCUGCACAGAAUUGCUGGGUAAAGAAAGGAGGUGCAUUCACCGGUGAGGUUAGCGCGGAAAUGCUUAAAAAUAUCGACAUCCAUUGGGUCAUUCUUGGACACUCAGAACGAAGACUCUUGUUGGGUGAAUCAAAUGAAUUUGUUGGAGAUAAAGUUGCAUAUGCACUGUCUCAAGGGCUAAAGGUGAUUGCAUGUGUUGGUGAGACCCUUGAACAGCGGGAAUCAGGAGCCACUAUGGAUGUAGUUGCUGCACAAACAAAAGCAAUUGCAGAGCGUAUAUCAGAUUGGACAAAUGUAGUUGUUGCCUAUGAGCCAGUUUGGGCUAUUGGAACCGGCAAGGUUGCAACUCCAGCUCAGGCUCAGGAAGUGCAUUUUGCCUUAAGGAAGUGGCUGGAAACUAAUGUGAGUGCACAAGUUGCAGAAUCAACUAGGAUCAUAUAUGGAGGUUCCGUAAAUGGAGCGAACUGUAAAGAGCUAGCUGCACAGCCUGAUGUUGAUGGUUUUCUUGUUGGCGGGGCUUCUUUGAAGGCUGAAUUUGUGGACAUCAUCAAGUCUGCUACGGUGAAGUCUUCCGCCUAAGGAGUUCACUCAUGCUUAUAAAAUCUAUCUGCAGGAUCUAAGAACAGUAUUCUAUGUUUAACUCCCUGAAUUUUGUCUGAAAUCUUUUUGUGGUUUUUGCAUGGUACUAGAUGUGGGUUACAAAUGCUAAUAAAACUUGACAAUGCUUUUUUGUGAACGUUGGAAGCAUCAACUGAUUAGUUAUUCAAAACUGUCAAAUGGACUUUUCCAUAUUAA